CUUCUCUCUGAGGACAGACAGGUCCUGGCUGCGUCUCUGUGAAUAAAACAAUGUGGGCUUCAAUUCUCCUGAUUGUUUCCCUACCUGUUUCAGGUGCAUUUUGGGCAGAGAAAUAUGUAAAAGGAGUUGUGGGAAGAGCGAUCACAAUCGAUUGUCACUAUGAAGCAAAGUACUGCUCACACACAAAGUAUUGGUGCCAUGGAUGGACUCGCCAAUGUUCAGUUUUAGUGGAAACAAAUGGGCAACACAGACGGCGUGGACGAGUGUCAAUCACAGAUAACUCAGAACGGAGAACAUUUACUGUUACUAUGAAGAAUCUUCGCUCUGGAGAUACAGGAUGGUACAGCUGUGGAAUUUCAACAACUUUUAAUGACCCGAUGUUUAACGUACAUUUACAAGUAUCUGAUGAACCCGUGUCUGCUCCUGUGGUUCGAUAUCCAUCACCAGCAAAUGUUUCACGUCUCAGGGGCUUAGUGUUACUUUCCUGUGAGUCUCUCCAGGGAUCCUUUCCCAUUCAGUACAAAUGGUAUGAACAAUCUGGACAUACACAGAUCUCAGAUACAAAUGAACUGGCUCUCUGUUGUAAAUCCUUCAGCCUCCAGCACCAACGAUAUUACUGCAGUGCCUCAAAUUGGUAUGGAGCAAGAUCCAGUGCAGUGGUUAAUUUGACAGUCUUCAGCAAAGGAGAGACCUGCAGUUAUAUGACAGAAAUCAACGGCAACAUUUCAGGUGCAUUGUGGGCAGAUGAAUAUGUAACAGGAGUUGUGGGAAGAGCGAUCACAAUCGAUUGUCACUAUGAAGCAAAGUACCACUCACACACAAAGUAUUGGUGUCAUGGAUGGACUCAUCAAUGUUCAGUUUUAGUGGAAACAAAUGGGCAACACGGACGAAGUGGACGAGUGUCAAUCACAGAUAACCCGGAACGGAGAAUAUUUACUGUUACUAUGGAGGAUCUUCACUCUGGAGAUACAGGAUGGUACAGCUGUGGAAUUACAACACCAGGUCUCGAUCUGUUAUUUAAAGUACAUCUGCAUGUACUUGUCGAAUGUGUGUCCGGACCUGUGCUUAGAUUUCUGCCAUCAGCAAAUGCUUCAGGUUUUCAGAACUCACUGUCAGUGUCCUGUGAGUCUGUUCAAGGAUCGCUUCCCAUUCAGUACACGUGGUAUGAAAAGGCCCUGUAUGAGGAUACAAUGAUCUCAAACACCAAUACAUUGGAUCUACAUUGUCAAUCCUUCAAACACCAACAGUAUUACUGCACUGCCUCAGAUUAUUGGUCAGGAUAUACUUGUGAAAGUUCUGGAACUGAAUCAGUAACAACUCCUUCUACAAAUCCAGAAAUAAGAGACAAUGAUAGACAAAGUGGAGUGAAGCAAGGUAAAGCAACAGAGACAACAGAGUUCGGCUACGAGACUAAAGUCUUGUUGACUGAGGGAGACCGAGGGAGGCUGAGGGAGAUUGAGGGAGACAGGGAAAACCUGGGAUCAUCAUUUACAGACCUAGCUACUGCAAACCCCAAUAUGAAUUUGUGGAAAAAUCAGCUCAUCUCCUAUCAGCAGGAAACCACAUACAGAGGGCAAGAAUUGGCCUACCAAGGAGAGGCGACUGAGCAGCAAGCGCCACAGCUCUGGGAGAUACUUGCAUCAUUACAGAAGAACUCUGAGACCGGUAAGCGGGGUUCCCGUUCCACGGGGAUGGAUUCUGGUAUCAAUCAUUUGACUAAUUGUCCUACUACGUGUUCCCAAAACUACGGUGGAGAGUCAGUUAACCUGCCAACCCCGGAGCGGUACAAUGAGGAUUCUGAGUCUUGCCGCGGUGCCACAGGACGUGAAUAUACAUGUGAAACAUUUACAACAGUAUCAACUGCAAGUUUCAUGAUAUUGAAGGUUGGUCGUUGGCUGCUCUUCGCUCUCCUGAUGAUCUGCACUAUUUCGGUCACGUGGUUCACAAGGGAAACCAAGAUGACAGCAGUGACUGAUGCAAUAGAGUCGGAACCCAGAGCAUCGGAGACCCGGGACCCGGAGCAUUGGAGCCCGGAUCACCGGAGAUCCGGAGCACCAGAAGCCUGGAGACCUGGAAUCCAGAGCAUCGGAAGCCCGGAGAUCCGGAAACCGGAGCAUCAGAGCCCAGACUCGGAACUUGGAACAUCAGAGCCCGGACCUCUGUUGGACACAGGACACGGAACACUGAGCUGGGGCUCCUCCUUGGUUAGCUCACUGUGGUUUCGCGAUUGGACUUCCUGCCCUCUUCUUCCUUAUUUUUAUUCAACAGUAAUUUCACUCUGUGAACAGACAAGUGCUGACAGGGUCUCAGUGAAUAAAACAAUGUGGAUUUCGAUUCUUCUGAUUAGUUUCCUACCCGAUUCAGGUGCAUUGUCGGCAAAGAAAUAUGUAAGGGGAGUUGUGGGAAGAGCGAUCACAAUUGAUUGUCACUAUGAAGAAAUGUACCGCUCAUACACAAAGUACUGGUGCCAUGGAUGGAGUCUCCAGUGUACAACUUUAGUGAAAACAAAUGGGCAACAUGGACAGAGUGGACGAAUGUCAAUCACAGAUAAGCUGAAACGAAGAAUAUUUACUGUUACUAUGGAUAAUCUUCAUUAUGGAGAUACAGGAUGGUACAGCUGUGGAAUUACAAGAGCAGUUGCCGAUCUGCUGUUUAAUGUACAAAUACAAGUAUCUGAUGAACCUGUGUCUGUUCCUGUGCUUCGAUAUCUGUCAUCGGCAAAUGUCUCCCGUAUCGGGGGCUCAUUGACAGUUUCCUGUGAGUCCUUCCAGGGAUCCCUUCCCAUUCAGUACACAUGGUAUGAAAAAACCUCAUUUGGGCAUCUAAAGAUCUCAGAUACAAAAGAACUGGCUCUACAUUGUCAAUCCUUCAACCAGCAGCACCAUCAAUACUACUGUAGUGCCUCGAAUUGGCAUGGAGAAAGAUCCAGUGCAAUGGUUGAUGUGACAGUCUUCAAAAACGGAGAGAUCUGCAGCUAUGUGACAGAAAUCAAUGGCACCAUUUCAGGUGCUUUAUGGGCAGAAGAUAAAGUAAGAAGAGUUGUGGGAAGAGCGAUCACAAUCGAUUGUCACUAUGCACCAAUGUACCGUUCACACACAAAGUAUUUGUGCCGCCUGUGGGGUCUCCUAUGCACAUCGUUAGUGAACACAAAUGGGAAAAAUGAGCAGUAUGGAAGAAGGACAAUCAGAGAUCACACAUCCCAGGGAACAUUAACUGUUACUAUGGAGAAUCUUGCCUCUCAAGAUACAGGAAUUUACAGAUGUGGAAUUACAACAUCUGGCAAUCAUCCAGUGUUUGAUGUGAAUCUGCACGUAUUUGACGAACCUGUGUCUCUUCCUUUGCUUCGAUUUUCACCACAAACAAAUGGCUCAAGUUGUGGGGACUCCGUGUCAGUGUCCUGUGAGUCUGUCCAUGGGUCCCUUCCCAUUCAGUACUCAUGGUAUGAAAAGACGCCAUCUGAGGAUUCAAAGAUCUCUGACACAAAUAAACUGGAUCUACAUUGCCAAUCCAUAAAAUACAAAAAUUAUCUGUAUUAUUGCAAAGCCUCAAAUAUUAAUGGAGAGAAGUCCAGUGAAGUGGUCAAUGUAUCCAUCUCCAACAGUGUCAGCACCUGCAGAAAUGUGAUUGAAGUCAACAGCAUGGGGAGAAUUGAUUUCUGUGAAAAUACUGUGACAGAAUUGAUGACAACUGCACAAAGGAAAGAAACUACUUCAGCUGAAAUACACACUUACACAACUGUGCUCAGUGUUGUUGGGAUCCUACUCAUACUACUUGCCGUUUGUCUACUUUGCUACCUGAAGAGAAAAAACAGGGAAUCCAAGCCCAACCCAUCUCACAGAGGAGGCAACAAUGAAACCCAGGAAACGGCCGCAUUGGAAGAAAACAUCAUUUAUGCAGAUCUACACCAUGAUCAAAAUAAUGAGGCAGCUGCCCAGUCAGCUAACAAUGAAAAUGAAACUGUGUAUGCAAACAUGAAAUUUAAAAGGAAGUCACGAGCAGGACACUCUGUUAUGGAUGAGGACAACACCACCUAUGCAGAUAUCAAAUUUCAAAGCCAACCUGCAAAGCCCAGACGGAAAGCUUUCUCUCCUGGUACUCCAUAGGACUCAGAAUAAGCUUGACAAAGUCAUUAUGUGGAUUAAGGCAGAAGAGUUAUGCUCAGAGGCCACUUUAUUAUGUACACCUGUACACCUGCUCGUUAAAGUAAAUUCCUAAUCAAUCACUUGGCGGCAACUUGAUGCAUGAAAGCAUGCAUGCUGGCACGUUGCGUAUUGAAAGGUGUUCUGCACACCUCUGUUGUAACGCAUGUUUAUUUGAGUUACUGUCAUCUUCCUGUCAGCUUGAACCAGUCUGGCUAAUCUUCUCUAUCGGACCUCUGUUUACUUUCUGAUCCUUAGGGUUCUUCCAGGAGUCAGGAAUGACAUGUAGUCUUAAUUCUAACAAACAUAGAAAUACUAAACAACACACACAAAAUGCUGGAGGAACUCAGCAGACUAAGCAAAGUAAAUAAAGUGUGAGAAAUUAUGCUAGGAGGUAAAUGAACGGCAACACACGUGAAGUCAGAUAGAUGGUGCCGCUGAAAAAAUCCAUGACCUUUAUAGCUAAGAUCAGGAAAAUUCCUUCGAUAGAAAUAAACUAGUUAAUAGGCCCCAUAAUUAUAACAAUUACCUCUCAUGUGUUACUUGCUAAUAUUUAGCCAAUGAAAUGUGAGGAAGGUGAUAACCCAUUAAUUUAACUGCUAACAACAGGAAUUCUGCAGACGCUGGAAAUUCAAGCAACAUACAUCAAAGUUGCUGGUGAACGCAGCAGGCCAAGCAGCAUCUAUAGGAUGAGGCGCAGUCGACGUUUCAGGCCGAGACCCUUCGUCCUGACGCAGGGAUGCAGUUUAACUGCUAUACUGGUUUCUGCCAGUCAGUGGAGAUGAACCACCACAUACUGUGAAAAAUAAGGAAAUUUGUUAAAAUCUUAUUUAAAAAAAGUUUCAUGUCAAAAUGAAAACAGACCUCUACAAAGUGAUCUAAAUUAAUUACAAAUAUAAAACAUUUAAAAAAUUGUUUGCAUAGGUAUUCACCCCCUUUAAGUCAGUAUUUAGUAGAUGCACCUUUGGCAGCAAUCACAGUCUUGAGUUUGUGUGGUUAGGUCUAUCAGCUUUGCACAUCUGGACACUACAAUUUUUCCCCAUUCUUCUUUACAAAACUGCUGAAGCUCUGUCAGAUUACACAGGGAUCGUGAGUGAAAAGUUUUUUUCAAAUGCAGCCACAAAUUCUCAGUUGGAUUCAGGUCUGGAUUCUGACUUGGCCACUCCAGGACAUUAGCUUUCUUGUCUUUAAGUCAUUCCUGUGUUGAUUUGGCUUUAUGCUUGGGGUCAUUGUCUUGCUGGAAAGCAAAUCUUUUCCCAAGUCACAGUUCUCUUGUAGACUGCAUCAGGUUUUCCUCCAGGAUUAUUAUAUCCUUCUAUAUCCUUUGACCAUAUUCCUCACUAUCCACAGCAUUAACAAUUUUGUUUUGUCUACAAAAGUACCUCUAUCUCAAUGCAAAUCAUUUAUAUCUAUUACAAGCAACAGAGGUCUAGGCACUGAACCUUGCAGAGCUCCACUGAUCAUGGGCCUCUAGUCAGGUAAUCACCCCUCCACCACUGGCUCAGUUGCCUAUCAACUUCCCAACUUUGUUUCUAACUUACAAACUCUCUAUGGAUUCUGUGUUGCUUAAUUUUCUUGUCCAGCAUAAUAUGAGGGACCAUGUCAAAUGCUUUACAAAAGAUCAUGUCUAUAACAUCCUCUGCACUCCCCUCAUCAAUCAUUUUCUUCACUGCCCUGUAUUAUCCAGGAGUUAUGAAAUUAUAGCGAUAAUGGUAUUAAUUAAAAAUGGGAACAAAGCUUCCUGAAAUUACGUGUAAUCCACUGGUCGUCUAAAGCAUUUGAAACCAAUCACUGAGUGUGGGACAUUCUGAUUCUAAAGCAACACACACAAAAUGCUGGAGGAACUCAACUAGUCAGGCAGCACCCAUGGAAAUGAAUGAACAGUCAAUGUUUGGGUCCGAGACCCUUCAUCAGGACUGGAAAGGAAGGGAGAAGAAUCCAGAAUAAAAAGGGUAGGAGGGUGGAUAGCUAGAAGGUGAUAGACGAAACCAGGUUGGUUGGAAUGAUAAAGGGCUGGAGAAUAAGGAAUCUGAUAAGAGGGUAGAGUGGAACAUAUGAGAAAGUGAAGAGCGAGGGGACCUGGGGGUAGUGAUUGACAGGUGAGAAGAGGUUGGCGGCCAGAGGAGGGAAUAGAAGAAAAGGUGAGGAGGAGAAACUGAUUUUCAUGCCAUCAGGUCAGAGGUUAACCAAAUGGAAAAUAAGCUUUUGCUCCUCCACCCUGAAGAUGGCCCCAUCUGAUUAUACACUGCUGUAGGGUGAGACAACAGAUGAAUGCUGAUGUUAAAUUGUACUUAAUGAAACCUUCAGGAUAAAAUCAAGGGAGCCAUUAAGUGGUCGUCUCCUGUAUUAACACAGUGCUAAUGCCACAUACCUGCUUUUGUAUAGUCAAGGGUUCAUCGCUCAGCUCUGCAAUAAAAGAUAUAUAUCUUGGGUGCCUGGUGUAUAUGCUCAGAAGCUCCUGGACCAGUCACUAGUCUAUUCAGAUGUGCUGAUCAUUUGGGAUGUUCUCUCAUUGUAAAUAUGCAAUUCUGCAAAAGUUGCCUGUCUAUUUUCAAAAACUAAAGUCAAAUGUUAGGUAAAAAUAGCUAUUAAAAUGCAUUU